GGCGCGCUGAGCCGACUUGGCGGAGCUAAUGAGCUAGUUCGCUACUGCUAGUUUGAUUUAUCUUCGGUAAUGAGGAAUUCCUAACAAACUCCUUUAGUAAUUCGGGGCAGAAUGAGACAUGGAUUCAGAUGCGGGGCAGGAAGACCCCAAGGCCGGUCCUGUCGCUGAAACCUCGCUGAAAUUUACACCACAGAGGGGAGGCGCAGUGUUGUUAGCUUCAAGAAAAAGAACGCCAUAUUCGGGAUCAAAGAAAGUGAAUUCCAGUUUUAAGUCUCCAGUUCAGGUUUCCAACGCAGCAAGUUCUGGGAUUUGUAUUGAGAAGGAGAUCAAAGAACUGCAGAUGAAACUAUCCGAGCUGGAUUCACAGAUUGUGCUGUUAGAAAAUGAAGGCAUCAAAGUGGAGGAAAUAGAUCAGCACAUUGAUCUGCUGCACGAGUACAAUGACAUCAAGGACAUUGGCCAGACUCUUCUAGGCAGACUGGCCGUCCUGCGUGGAGUGACCACACGUGACUUGUACAGCCUAUUUGACAUGGAGCUGGACGACUGAUUGGCCAGGAGUAGAGGCUGUGUGCGAAUGUGGAUGGUGUUAGCAGUGCCCUUUCUGGAGGGUAAGCUGGUGUACAGGUGAUACAUGUAACAGCAGGAUCUGCCUAGAACACUGUAAAAUUAUUUGGUGUUGAGCUGAAGUGAGUAAAUCUGAAUGCAUUCAUUUUUAGGUUUUGUUGAACUGAAAUUAGUUAACAGAAUGUAAGGCACAUAUUUUUGUUCUUUUAAAGGGGACUUCUAUCAGUUUGUCAGUUUCUGCAUAAUGCAGUUGUUGAAAUGUGAAUAAAGUCAUUCAGAAUGGUUUGAUAUGAAAUGUUUCAUUGUAAGGAAUCAUCCUGACUCUUGAACUUUCUUUGAGGGAGCUGUUAGACCCAUGAGACGUCUGGUUCCUAUCACUGCAUGCUGUGAACAAGUCUAAAUCUUAGAAGAUUUACAACAGGAGUAUUUAACAUUAAACCCCUCUGAAUGAAAUUAGUUAUAUCUUAAGGAAUGCAUUAAGCAGAUUGUUUUAAUAAAUCAUUGGAAUUCCCCUUUGCAAUCAUUUGACGUUCAGUGAAUUCAAAGUCUUAAACCUGACAGAUUAUUGUUGUUAAGGUAAAACAAUACAUGACUUACAGUAUUAUGAGACUUCUGUGUCAAAUAUUUUCACCUCUCUGGUCCCAUGCAAGAUUUACUGAAGUGACUAUGAAGCUAUUUAGAAGUUAAUGGAAAAAAAGAGUAGUGGGUUUAUUUUCUAGUGUACUUGGGCCUAAUUGAUAUGAUUUUUUGUUGUUGUUGUUGGUUCUUUGGUUCUUCUUCAUUAACCUUUACCUAAUGCUGAGUCAGGAUCCUCUAAGGAUCUCUGGGAGUGGUUCAGUUAAUGCAGAGCAAGAAAUACCAAUACUAGGUGUGGAAAUGAUAAAGAACAGCAAUGGUUGGUCCACUAGCGUAGAAAGUAUUUUACUCAGGAAGGGCAUGCCUAUGGGCACGCCCACUGAAACUGCCUCCAUGGUUCAGGACUGGCAACCACUUAUGGGUUUGAGAGUGAUGAGUCAGAGUAACUUGUUUAAUUAACUAUAAAAAUAUAUAUAUUAAAAUAGAAUUAUUUGGUGAAAUUAUGAUUAAUUAGUUCAUUUUGACUGAAUGCUUCAACUUUUUUUAAAACAUACUAUUCUUGUAAAACGGGGGCGUUUAAGGAAGUUACACAGUGAAAACUUGUGAGAGAUGAGAGCAUGUUCUCAGCUUUCAUCUCUGCACCCUGGUCUUCCUUUCAUUGUUUUUGUUUUGUUUGGGUUUUUUAGUUUUAAUUUUUGUUUUUUGCCCCCAUGUGUGAAUGUUGAAAAAUUGUGUGGCCUUACACUGUCCUUUACACAUUUUAACAUGUUCUGAAGUGCCUUUCUUCCCCUGAGGUCCACUUAUGACCUUUUGUUAUGGUUUUAUGUACUGAAUAGUCAUUCAUUUUUACACAUUUGUAACCGUUCUAUUCCUUUCCAACAUAAUUAUUUCCAGCAUCUCUUUACCCUUCAUAAUGAAUCAGGCUGUUUUUGUUACUUCACCCUUAAGACUGAUAUAUGUAAAUGAGUUCUGAUCUGAUUGGGUGGCAUGUAUUGUGUCUAAUUCAGUGUUAAUGGGUGGAGCUAACCUGGAUGUAAAUACAUUGUAUUUUUUUCUGACCUCACAUCAAAUUCAAAACAAUUUUUUUUCCAGUUUAGUUUCCAUAUGCACUAUGUAGUGAACUUUUACAUGCUACGUAAAAUUUUCCCUUUGCAGUGGGGCUGUCUUGCGGUUGUCUUCAGUGUCUCAAGUCAAAGACUGUUCUCUUUAUUCAAGGCCUUUACAAAUAAAAGAUUGGACACGUUC